AGUGCCUCCUGCCUCCAGAGCUCGGCAAAGGGGCCACGGGGCCACGGAGGAGAGGCAGAAGGAGAGCGAGCGAGCGAGGGCUCCUCCGGGCAGCUCCCUCGGCCGGCCCUUGCCUUGGCUCUGCCUUCUUUCCCCUUCUCCUCCGAGGCGCUCUCCCACCUGCGGAGCUUCUCCCAUGUGCGGCCAUGCGGACAGCGCUCCCGUCCCGGCUCUGCGCCGCGGGGCUCCUGCUCCUCUCCGCCGGCGCCUUCCUCUGCACAGGUCUAACAUGUGUGUGCCAAUGGUGUGAAAAAACAAACUUCACAUGUGAAACGGAGGGAGCCUGUUGGACUUCAGUCAUGCUAACGAAUGGUCGGCAAGAGGUAAUAAAGGCAUGUGUGACUCUACCGCAACUGAAGGCACAAAUCUUCUGCCACAGUUCUAGGAACAUAACCAGGACAGAAUGCUGCUAUACUGAUUUCUGCAAUAACAUCACCAUUCACUUGCCCACAGGUCCAGAUACUUCGAUCAAACCUAAGCUGGGUCCUGUAGAGCUAACUGUGAUUAUAACUGUACCGGUAUGUGUCUUAUGUGUGGCUUUAAUGCUGGCUUUUUACACAUGCCAAGGCCACAACUGCAAGCUGAGGAAGAAAAGAAGGCCCAAUAUUGAAGAACCACUCUCUGAAUGCAAUCUGGUGAAUCCAGGGAAAACCCUCAAAGAUCUCAUUUUUGAUAUGACAACGUCAGGUUCUGGAUCAGGUUUACCUCUGCUUGUACAAAGAACAAUUGCCAGGACUAUUGUCCUCCAAGAACUGGUAGGAAAAGGUCGAUUUGGUGAAGUAUGGCGUGGAAAAUGGUGUGGCGAAGACGUAGCUGUGAAGAUCUUCUCCUCAAGAGAUGAGAGGUCUUGGUUUCGUGAAGCAGAAAUCUAUCAGACAAUCAUGCUGAGGCACGAGAAUAUCUUGGGGUUUAUUGCUGCUGAUAACAAGGAUAAUGGUACUUGGACUCAGCUGUGGCUUGUGUCUGAAUAUUAUGAGCAAGGCUCUUUGUUUGAUUACCUAAACAGCAAUACUGUCACGGCGGAUGGGAUGAUUAAAUUGACCUUCUCCAUAGCAAGUGGUCUGGCACACCUUCACAUGGAGAUUGUCGGCACACAAGGUAAACCAGCUAUUUCACAUAGAGAUUUGAAAUCUAAAAAUAUUUUAGUCAAAAGGAAUGAAACUUGUGCCAUUGCCGACCUAGGUCUGGCUGUGAAGCAUGAUUCUGUGUUAAACACAAUCGACAUACCUCAGAACCCUAGAGUGGGAACCAAGAGGUACAUGGCACCAGAAAUACUUGAUGACACAAUGAAUAUGAAUAUCUUUGAAUCCUUCAAGCGAGCAGAUAUCUAUUCUCUUGGGCUGGUGUACUGGGAGAUAUCCCGAAGAUGCUCAGUUGGAGGGAUUGUUGAAGAAUACCAAUUACCUUAUUAUGAUGUUGUGCCUUCGGAUCCUUCAAUAGAAGAUAUGAGAAAGGUUGUCUGUGAACAAAAGCUGAGACCUAACAUCCCCAAUCAAUGGCAAAGCUGUGAGGCUCUUAGGGUAAUGGGCCGCAUCAUGCGUGAGUGCUGGUACACCAAUGGGGCAGCUCGUCUGACAGCGCUUCGCAUUAAGAAGACCAUUUCUCAGCUCUGUGUGCGAGAAGAGUCCAAGGCUUAAGUUUGCACACUUUCCAGAAAAGUAGAAGAAAGGAAACCCUAUUGCCUCUUCUUUGAUUUUGCUCUACCUCACAUGAUGCUAAGUACAGUAUUUAAGAGCCCAAAUCCCAGAACAGAAGAUACAGAAAAGUAGCUUCUUUAGUGAUUCCACUACAUUAUUAUUAUUUUGUCUUUUGAGGGAGGAUUGUGGGUGAGUCGCUUGACUGGUAAAUUAGAAGUAACUUUAUAAAAGGAACAUGACACAUGAUCCAGUAAGGGACCAUUGACCUUGGGUUUUCUGGUUUUUUCUUCUAUCAGCAUCACAAAACCCUAGGACUCAUCUAAGGACCAAGUAUCUAUGGGUAGGCUGUGUCACUACUGAAAAGACCUAUUGUGGUUUCUGCUCAUAGCAUAUCCUCCAGGAUUUCACAAAUGAAAACCGGGAGAUAUAUGCCCAAGUAACACCAGAUGGCUAAAGAUAUUAAGAUGGCAAAAUAUAUUAAUGACACAUGAUUUAGGUGAGACAUAACAGUCUUAUUUUGCCUGAGCCUAUUGAGAAGGGCCUGAUUCUGCUCUUCCUCUCCUCUUUCUCCUGUUGACUGAGUGCAAUUGACUUUUGCACUUUGAACUUAGUUUGCAGUAACUGAGGUAAGCUGAGAACAAAAAGGGAGAGCAGGGAAAGGAGAAAAAAUGGGACAUUUUAAAAGCAGUUGAAAAAGUAGGACAGAAUAAUCAGGACUGUCCUUCCAAAUUGAGGCAGUUGGAGGGGAUGCUGUGACAAGAAAAGCGAUGAGGGAACAGGAGCAUUAAUUGUUUUAGGUGGUGCUUCCAUGCUGAAUGUAUUGGUUCUGAUAGCAUUUGCCUGACCUUUUUGUCCCUUCUGGACAUCAUAUUCAGCUUAGAUGAAUAACUGAGACCUGCCCCAUGAGGUCUCCCAUGUUAUUAAGAGAACUUACUUUAUUAUUGACCUUUUGGACUACAAUUUCCAGAAGUUGUCCAGUGGCCACGCUAGUGGUGUUAAUGGUGUUUUGGUUGUAGUAAUCUGGGAUGUUAAUCCCGGCUCCAAUCUCAUGACAACUUAUGUACAGAUUAGUGGUCGUUUACCGUAUAAGACAUAGGAUUUUGAAAAUCAGAGCACAGCCAGAGGGACAUGUUUAGCUUUCCAUAUUCCUUCUGGUCUGCUAGGAGGAGUGAUGUACCCCCAUCUCCAAAUGCAUUAACAUUCCCCCUCACUUCAUAGGUUGUUGCCAGGCAAGACAGGCACUCCUGCUGAUGGAAAUCAGAAUCUAUACUGAACUAGGGGUGCCUCUACACUGUAGAAUUAAUACAGUUUGACACGACUUUUAACUGCAGUUUGACACCACUUUUAACAAGCUGCAGUUUUACAAGGUCUUUAGCCUUCUCAACCAAAGGAAGCUGGUGCUUCACCAUGAUUUCACAGCACUGAGCCAUGGCAGUUUGGUGAGGUCAAACAGCAUCAAUUCUGCAAUGUAAAUGCACCCAAAUAGCUAUAAGUAACAUUUUAUGACCAAAGAAAAUGUGUAUAAAAUCAACCACAUAUUCCCUGCAUCUUUGAUAAAAGGAUCAGGCAGAAGUUGACCUGAAAACUUCUGUCUAAGGCUCCUUCCACAUUGUCCUUAUAUGACUCUGGAUAAAGGACACUCAUAAUUCUGUAUCCAUACAACAUGAUUAAGGCAUUGUGGUGGUUUGUAAUGUGUCUGGGAGAGAGAGACAGAAAUGUAUUUCCUCCAACUGCCUACCAGAAUUUUAGAUGUCUAAUCUCUUGUCUAGAGAGAUAAUAUAUAGUUUAACGAGAAGGUAGUGCUUGUACAGUGAGCUAUACGUCGGCCUUAGAAAAGUGAAUUUUUGAAUAACACUUCCAAAAUCCUCUAUAAACACUCUGAAUGUAAGUAUGUAAGUUAUAAUUUAGAUUACAAGGAGGAGAGAGUCACCAGUGGUGUUGCUGAAAUGCAAGAAUGUGCCUUGAACCAAAUCUAUAUAAAGCCAAAGUUUGGUCAAGAAUUGGCAUCAAUCACACAUACGAAUAUCUGAUACAUGUCUUCUGUCUGAAUAAUAUGGCUUAUUGUAAGUAUAGCAUCUUUAUCCGUUAUUUUGAUUUUUGUCAAAUGGGUGCAAAUUGGAGGUGCUAAGUAACUUGUUACAAUGAACAAAGUGAAAGAGGAACUCGUCAAAGUCUUCUCUCUCUGCCUCCCUUCCUAGAAACACAGACCGGACCAUUUCUGAACAUUAAUAAAUAACUUUCCAUAUGUUAUUUAGUGAUUUUCCUACAUUGAAAGGUUCUUUGAUAAUCUUUCUCCCACACUGAUGAAUAGUGGAACAUUAGCUUGGGGCCAAAUAUUAUGUAUCUCUGUAAAUGUGGCUGUGUUUAGGUGUGCUUUUUGGCUCCCAAACCUCUCCAUACCAUACCUUGCACCAUUCUCUUUGGACUCAUGUCUGCUUAAGGACAAGGGCGGUGAUGGGAGCUAUUGAGAAAAAAAGAACGGAAUGGAAAAUGAGGGUGAUUAUCAUUGGUACUGUUUGCUUUUAGUUUAGGAUUCCAAAAACUGCAUAAAAAUUAUUGUUGUCUUCUGUCAGAAAAAAAUAUUUAAGAAAAGAAGACUCUGUACAGGUCUAUGCACUAAAAAAGAGAUAGAGAAUGUAUGACCAUGCAGAUGUUUUUGAACGGCAACAUCCUUCAUCUACCCUUACUAACCAUAUUAGAUAGGGUUGAUGGGAGUCACAGUUCAAAAAUAACUUGAGGUCCUCUAUUUCCCAACUCUGCUUUACACUCAACACCUGAGAGUAUGAUUUUCAUAGAGGUUUGCUUCUUUUUGUGACAGACAACAAUAACAGUGUGAACCUGUAGGUUGCGAUGGUCCCACUGAUUCAUCAGAGGCCCAUCUACACUGUCAUAUAAUGCACUUUGAAAGUCACUUCAAUGAAGUUAAACUCUAUUAUUUGAGUCUACACUUAUAUGGCAGUGUAGAUGGUUCCUAAGGGCCAAAACAGGCGUUAAUGGUGUGGCUAGCUGUUAUUUCUUCUUUUUUCUAUUUUCCUUGAGAACCAGUGUAGUGUGAGAACUUCAGUGUUGGGCUAAAGACCUCAUCAGAUGGGGGUCCAUAAGCUGGGGACAGCGGGAAGUCCAUGCGGCAGUGUGGGAAACCGUGGGGUAGCGCAUCACUUUAUCUCUUUAUUUUCACACAAUGUUUUCUGGCUGCCCCGGCUUCAUCCCAUGCUGAGAAUAAGAACAUAGGUAGUCACCUGUGUUCUCAAGGCUGCUUUUAACCAUGCUGCCAAGAUGGAACUGGGACAGAGCCCCACUGGAAGUGGCCCUGGCUCUGUCUGGGCUAUGUCUCGGCAGCAUCCUGGCAGUGUCUUAGGAUGGGAAAAAUGCCCCGUGUGUCCUAAGUCUGUGGGAGGCAAAUGCCCAAAUCCUCACUUGGGCAUACUCUUUCAACUUUAGGAGAAGGCAAUGGCAAAUCUCACCUGAAGAAAUUGUGCCAAGAAAACUCUGUGAUACGUUCACCUCAGGGUUAUGAUAAAUCAGAAAUGACUUUGAAGGCACACAACAACAAAGUGCAGCCCCAUUUCCCAAUUUCAGCCCAGGCUCUUAUCUGUGGAAGAAGAGGGCUUUCAUCCUUUGCUUGGAUUAGUAUGGGCCUGAACAGAGUCAUACAACCUACAGAUAGUAUUGCAGAAAUGUCAAUUCAUUUGCUUUAAUGUCUGUUAAGUCCUGAGUCCUUCUAGCUUGGACUAGAUCUUGGCAUUGUGUUGCCAACCCAUUGUCCUAUACCAGCAUGAGAGUUCGUGUUACUUUGUAUGCAUGGUGAAAAUACAGCAGGUUGUGGCAUUUAUGUUGACUGGAGGGUCAUUGUCCCCAUCUGAGAGUUGGUUCAUACUUACACAUAUAAUGGCUGAUAACUCCCACUGACUUCUAAUGUGUAGACCGAUGAUAAAAAACAGUUUAAUCUUCAGUAUUUAUCUGCAAAAGGUGAAUUUAUGCAUACAAGUUCAAUGCUUGCAAUCCAGAGUGCAGAAAUAUUACUUUGGGGGGCUACAAUUCCCAUGGUGGAUUGUGGAUUGUGGAUUGUGGGAAUUGUGUCAAUAGAGAAACAUGUCCAAGCUCUGUACACAGCCAACAAAUGAUAAAGUCUGCAUGUCUGAACUACACAUUUUCUCCUCCAUUUUCUGAACUGGACAGUCACCCUUCUGUUUGUCAUCUUUCCAUCCUUUUGUUGUGGCAACUAGUGAAAAUGCCAAAAGUAAGGGGUGCCUUUUGUGUGACAAAUGCUGCUUCUCUUCCUUGGUUUUCAGUCAUUAUUGGUAGAAUCUGAAAUCAUGUUUUAUUCAACGCUUACACCUAUCUUUUGGAUUAUUAUGCAAUUUCUCGUGUGAAUAGUAAACUGCCUCGUAGAAAAGGAUACAUAUCAAGCUGCAGAUUUGUUUCUAAAAUAGUUUGUGUUAUAUUUUUAAAAAGCCUUGUGCCAUGAUAUCUUUAUUUGUAUGAUGCAUUUUGAAAGGAAGAUAACACAUUCCAUCCCAACAGGCACUAAACAUUUAGGGUUCUGUUGGCAGGGAAAAGUAUUAAAACUUACAAGAUAUUUGUAAGGAAUAUGAUGAAAGUGCAAUAAACAAAUCCAAAGAACCUGCUGUGUUAUUUAGAUGUACAGUCAGUCCCCAUGUUACAAACAAGAUAGGUUCUUCAGUUGAAUUUGUUUGUAAGUCAGAACAGGCUUAUUCUGGAAACUGAUUGGUGAUAAAGCUUCAGCUGAGGGCCUGUCCAGACAGUUCCUUUAUCCAAGGAGCUUCCACAGCAAACCGGAGGAUGGCCAGACAUCGUUCCCUGUAAACGUGGAAGCAAUCGCUGCAAAAGGCAAAAAAAUUGAGAUUUCCAGGUGCAGGAAUAUUGCAAUUUUGAGCCAAAUAUGCGGAUCUUUGCAUGUCUGUAUGUCCCUGCAAUCGGAAAUCACAAGAAUUUUAAAUUUUGGUUUGUUUUCGGGUUUUACAUGUUCGUUCCUGAUUGGUCGGUUCCUAAAAAGAAGGUGGCACUUGAGUAGAAGGCAAAAACUUUGUUUGCCAAACACUUCAUGAAACGUGUGGAGGGCACAUUUUCUCUGGCCAGGACAAAGUUGUGACACCCUUGUCAAUCUUGUACAUCUUCUCACAAGAAGAGCAAUCAGGAACAGCCAUAUAUAACCCAGGAACAGCGCCCUGUUGUCUGAUGCCACAAGUAUACAACCAAAUCUGUCUGGACAGAUGGCCAGACAUCCAGGCUCUAAAAAGUGCCAAUAAUGACAAAGUUCUUUCUGUUCCUGGCUUGAAGGUUUGUGUUCCUGUUUGAUUGUGCAGUACUGACUUAGGCAGAAAUGGUCCUACCCCUUAAACUCCAUUUGUGUGGCAGAUACUUCAUGAAACGUAUGGAGGGUACAGUUUCUCUGGCCAAGACAAAGAGCAGAACUUUUGCAGUGAUUUGCUGCAGUGAUUAUCCGCAUAUCUGCACCUUGAGGUUU